AUGUUUGAAAUAGUUUAAUCAUAAUAAUAAUAAGAAUCUAAAAUAACUUUAAAUGAAAUAUGUUUACUUUAGGGAAUCAUCAGAAAUAUAUUACUACUCUCAAUUUUUUCAUUUAAAUUACUUAAAUAUUUGAUACUUUUAUGUCUGGGUUUGAGGACACAAAUAUUAUAAUAUGAUCACCCAAAAUUCCUAAAACAAUCAAGUAUAAAGAAUGGACGCCUAAAUAUUUAAAGUCACAUUCAUAACAUAUACGAUGUUUAAUUAUCCAUCCAAGUGAAAAACUAAUUAUUAGCGAUUCAAAGGAUUGGACAAUUAAAUAUUGAACUCUUCCUAAAUUAUAAGAGACUACAUAAAAUUAUUGGGUUUGUUCUUAGACUAUAAAUUAACAUUAAUCAUAAGUAUUUGGAUUAUUAAUUAACUAAAAGGGAGAUGGAAUAAUCUCUUGAAGUGAUGAUAUGGAAUCUAGGUGCUGAUUAGAGAUGGUUUAUGCUAAGGAGAAAUAUAUGAUAAAGAAAAAUA